AUGGAGGAUACCAGAUCUGUUAUUCCUGUUCCGGAUUACCCAAGCUUUCCUCUGUCUUCUUAUGUGUGUUUUAAAAUUACGAGUUGCAAUGCACAUUUAGCGUGGUCGUUUUCAGAAGCAUAUAUUGAUAUGGUUCCCAUGCAGAAUGAUCAAGAAGAUGUGUACUUUUUUCCUCUACAUUCUUUGAUACCAAAGGCAUAUUCGUUUCUUUUGUCAGAAACGAAUGAUCUUGCUACAGUUCGAAUAGCUAACCUAGAAAAUGUGAAUGAAGAUCAAAGAGCAGCCUUUGAUUGUCUCAUACAGUUUCUUCAAAAUCAGGAAGAACAUGUACAGAGAAUGCAGGCCAUUAAAAUGGAAGGUCUAAAUGAAACCAAAAUUUGUUGUAUGUUGGCCGUCCAUUUAUUUUCUCAGCUAGUACCUGGAGGUCAGGUGAUUGUUGACAGCAAAAUGAAAGGAAUUGACAAAUUUUCAUCCUGUCCUUGCAAAUGUGGAAGGAAGGUGAACAUUGGAAAUACAGGAAUUGGUCAUCCAAAAGUGUGGCAUGGCAAUCCUGAUAUUUUGAUCAAGGCAGGGGGAACAACGAUUGCUAUGAAAAAAACCGAUGAUGAGGAUGAUGGAGAAGAUCCUGUGGCAAAGAAAGCAAAAUUUUCUGAAGAGGACGAAAAUGAUUUCCUUCUUUCAGUUGAGGUUAAAACAGAGCGAACAAAUGUAUUUGAAUAUAAAUUUCAGAAUCAGUUGUUAAGCCAAGCAUUGACCAAUGCAUUUGUACAAAAAAAUCAGCAUAAAUUCAGCAAGAAACUUGUCCCAGCUAUUGGGUGCACUUAUAGCAAUAUGAUUGUAGCAUUAUAUGAUCCUGACCAGGACAUUCUUCUGAGAAGAGUUACACCUAUUAGUUUUUUGGAAGAAGAUUCAGACAAAUUUGAUUUUUUUGGUAUACUGGAAUUGUGGCGUAUUUUGAAUUUGCACAUACUAGGUGCAGAACUUGAUGAACAGAUUGUGUCUGAGUUGGAACCAUCAGGAUUCAGAUCAGAAAUUGAAGCGAAAAAAGUUCUUAACUAUUAUAGAAGUGCUAGCACAAGCAUUUCUAGUGGUCAAAGUUUGUAUUCUUCACCACCACUCAUGACAGUAAUGAAUAAGGUAAAAAAUGGAAAGUUUAUUGUUAAAGGUAUCAGAAAUUAAUGGCAUGCUCAAAAGAAAUUGAAGGUUCCAGGAGCUUUUCUGUUUUUUACUUUUCAAAAUUACUGUUAAUUUCAACUACAUGUGCAUUAAUGUGUUUAAUGAUCUAAGGGUAUGUCAUAACUUGUUGUGGGGACAUUUUACCAGAUUGAAUGUUAAAUCAGUAUUUAGAAUUGGAUUCUUUUUAGCUCACCUGAGCUGAAAGCUCAAGUGAGCUAUUUUGAUCAUUUUUUGUCCGUCGUCCGUCUGUCCGUCUCUCUGUCCCGUCUGUAAACUUUUCACAUUUUGAACUUCUUCUCUAAAACCACUUAACCAAAUUCAACCAAAUUUGGCUCAAAGCAUUCUUAUGGAAAGAUGAAUAUAAAUUGCAGAAAUGAAUUAAAAAAAUUUUCUUCUCAAGAACUACUGAGGCAAAUUCAACGUAAUUUAGCAUGAAUAAUCCUGAUGGGAAGUAAAUAUAAAUUGCAAAAAUUAUGGGCGAAUUCUGUUUCAAAUCUGAGUUAUUACAAAAAUAAUAAGAAAGAAAAGGCGUGGUUCAAGCAAUUUAUAGCAUCCAUGAGUCUUGGUAAAAUGGGUAGGCAUGACCAGGCCAGGGCAAAACAAAAGAUUGACAGUUAUUAAUAUGCCAAUCUCAUUAAAAUUUCAAGAUAUUUACUGACCAGUAUAUUUGUAUUCGCUGUAAAUAUUGCUGCAAAAUAAUGUGUAAUUGGAAUUGACGAUUGCCGAUCUGCCCCGGCUUUUAUUUUGCCCCGGCCCGGGUUUGCUUACCCAUUUUACCAACACUCGUAUUCCAUAAUUCUAAAACGAGGUUCUUUGUUUAACUUAAAGCAGCCAUGACACUAUAUGAUAAACGAGUCGAUCUGACAAUUAAUGAUGAAUUUGUUAAACAUGCAAAAUACAUUUGUGCCGAUUUUGUGAAGUAAAUUGAGGCUUAAUAUUUCAAUGCGUUGACAGUUUUCACACAUGACAGUGGUGUUAGCUUGUCGUGAUUUUCGUUUCGUUUUCAUUUAUGCUUUGCGUUAACCUGGGAACUGUCGCUUGUAUUUCCUGAUUUUUAUGUAUCAAAUCAAACAAAGACUUCAGUAAAUCAAACAGUUUACUGUUUACCUGCACAAAUUAAGCAAUAUCUGAUGUAUUAAGAAAGAACUAAAAUGCAAUUCAUUCAGGCUAUCGGUAAUUCGGUAUCAUCUUUUGCGCAAUGGUAGAACAAUGCAAUAUGUUUUGUUGAGAUGCUCGGCAUUUUCUCGAGUUUAUUCAGUUUAAAUAGAGUUUAAUAUCGCUGACGGAAAUAUGUAGGUAUGUACAUGUAUAUGAUUCAUUUUGAAAAAUAAAUUGUGUUCUUUAUUUGUUAUAGUAAAUGUUUCUUGUGUUUAAUUGUUUACAAUUUCUAUUUACUAACCAUAUUUGAGUGUUAAGCUUCGAAUUAUAAGCAAGAUACAGAGAUUUGCUGACAAUUCUAUGUUUUUACACAGAUCUGAGGCCAUUCAUUUUUUUCCAUUUUAAAUGCCGAAUAGGAAAUACCAAGUUAAAAAUCUUAAGCUGAAUGAAAUAAACUCAUGUGAACAAAAUAUGACUCAAACCUAGAAAAUUUUGAGCUCAUCUUGCUUAUAAUUCUACGAUUGAUGCUAAAAUUUUGGUUGAUCAUUAGAAAUUUUGUAUGAAUCAGAGUAUGUUAAAUACUUGUACACAAAAAAAUUAAAGAAUGAUAUGCUGUAUAUAACUACUCUCUGGGGCCCCCUCUUUAUACAAUGAAUAAUGUGAAAUGUGAGUAAAUAAAAACGACAUCGUAAAAACAGUUUCCAUAGUUCUGACACAUUUCUGUUGCGGGGAUAAAAGAAUCAUCGCUAUUCCUAAGAAAAUUAUCCUGGUUUGUAGCCAUUUGUUAUUUUUGAAUAAAAAUGAAAAUAAUUGGUGGGCCAUAGUAAAUUAGAGUGAUGUGCCUGUCAAUACGGUAACAUUGAUUUUUAUAGCUCUUUAACAUGUCACGUGACAACAUUUUUCAUUCCAGUGUAUUCAUCAAUCAAGUGUAAGUAAAGAUAUAAAAGUUACGAGUUUACGCGAGGUAAACAACAGUCAUUUAAUCAUAAUGGAAAAGACAAAUUAAAUUGUUGAAUAUUUUUAAUUUGAGAAAUUGAGUGCAUUGAGGUGCAAUUUUCUUCUUCACAUAUAUACAUGUAGGAUUUUUUUGAUAAAAUACAAUAACUAUUGUACUUAAAAAAAAAAUACAAUAACUAGUAAGUAGUUGAGGAAGAAAAUGUACCUAUAUGCUCACAUAUAUUUUGAUUGCUUUAUUAAGUGGGGGAGGGGGGCAGUACGAAAAUACAGAGAAUUAGAAGUUAUAUAACAGUGUAACCCUAUAAUACCAAAUAUUUAGUUCUAUAUCUUGCGUAGGAUUUUCUUAUUCUGUGUAAAAACAGUAUUUCAUGAAGGUACAAUGUCAAAGAUUACGUGUAUGCAAAAAUAAGUUUAAAAUUCGAAUACUUUACAAUAUUUAUUUUUUUGUUAUUCUACCGAGGGCCAUUUGGCACAAUAUCUUUUGAAUGCCCAUUGUUGCUCAGGUGAGCGAUGUGGCCCCAUGGGUUUGAAAUAUGUAUUAAUGAUGCAAAACUUCUGUUGAAAGACCCAGCUGUACAAAUAAUUGAAACAAUCUUAGAUAAUUGUUUAUGUAGAGAGUGGUCAAAAUAAGGUACUUUUAACUUUAAACUAAAAAAUGUAUUAUUAUUCGUUGUAGAGGCACUGAUCACUUUUUUUCCUGCGUCUGUAUGUAUGUCCGUAUACCUUUUACUUUCUUGACUUCUCCAGAGCCAUUGGGCUGAUUUCAACCAAACUAGGCACAAAGCAUCCUUAGAUAAAGGGGAUUCAAGUUUGCCAUACCAUCUUUCAAGGGGAGAUAAUUAAAAAUCAUUGAAAAUUUGUUGGUACUUUUCAAAAAUCUCAUUAUCUCAUAUUAUAUAUAUCAUUCAUAUUAUCUUAUUCUAAAUGUAGGCUUCAGAAUAUUCAAUACAUUUUGGAUAUCUUUUUUUUACCUCAUGUUGGAUGACAAAUUCAUAAUUGAUCUUAUUUCUGUGGAAAAUCAUAAAAAAGUUCAUUGUAGAGAAUUUUAAUGAUUUUUUUAAAGGUGUCAUGAGCUAGAUCAUAUUGCAAGGUGUUGUGAACUUAAUUAUAACCUUAAAAUGCAUGUUUUAGCUAUGUUCACUAUAUGCGAUGAAUGGGUGCUAUCUUUAUUGAUAUAUUUUUUCAUUUGAUGUGAACAUUUUUUGAAUAAGAUGAAAUUGACUCUGUAAUGUAUACUAAUAAAACUGUAUAUAUGAAAUAUCAAAUGUAUGAUUUUUGUAUUGAAAGAAAAUUUGCAUGCAUAUACAUGACAUUGUCUUGAUAUUUGCUCAGUGCUAAUAUUCCGGGUAUUAAUGUGUUACAAUUUAUGAAUGGCUGAAAAGUUUAUUGUAAAUAUGAUUAAUGAAAAUUAUCAAUUUUUGGAUUAUUUUGUAUAUUUUGAUGAUUGAUGAAUCAAUCUUUUAAGUUAUUUACAUACAAAUAUUUUAGCAUGACCUACAUUAUUUGUACAUUAAUACUGAUACACAAGUUAAUGCUAUUUAUUUUGAUGUGGUAAUUAUAAAUGUUUGCAUUAAAUAAAAUUUAAA